AUGUCGACGAAUGGCUAUGGUCAUGGAAUGGCUCGUGCAGCUUCACAUGCAGGGUCAUGGUAUUCCAGUAACCCCAAAGAACUGGAUCGUCAAAUCAGUCGAUGGCUAGAUGCCGCUGGCGAUCGUGUGGGUAUAGCAAGAGCAAUAGUUUCACCACGAAAUGUAGAUUUUUGA